AGGGUUGCUCGUCUUUCAUUCUUCCAACGUCCUUUCGCCGCGGCGAAUCCUAUGUCUAUCUUUGACGAGAUGUCGAUGCCACACGUCCUCCUCGGCGUUGGUCUACUCACAUUCCUGUUGUAUCGUCAGGUAAUUCGCCGGUUAACACUUCGAUUGCCUCCUGGUCCUCGAAGGCUACCCAUCAUCGGCAAUGCACUGCAGAUCCCCUCCAAGAGUUCGUGGGUCACCUUUGCGAAGUGGGGCGAGAUCUAUGGCGGCAUAGUAUAUCUAUCCGUCCCCGGCGAAACGAUGAUACUGCUCAACUCUCCCGAGAUCGUCAACGAACUUCUCGAGAAGCGGAGCGCGAUAUACUCGGACAGACCCGUCCAGAUCACGACCAGCGAGCUAAUGGGAUUUGGGCCAUUCUUGCCAGUGUGCGGGUACGGCAGUUAUCACCGGGAGGGACGGAGGAUCAUGGCGAAUGGAUUGAGCUCGCGCAAAGCCGCCGAGAUCCGCCAUCUCCAGCAGCAGAAGAUGAACCGAUUCCUUGGGAAGCUGCUGCACACUCCCGAGGAUCUUUGGUCUCACAUACGAUGGUUCAUUGCAAGCAUAUCCUUUGGCGUCAGCCACGGCUACUCCGUGGAGAGCCUCGACGACCCUCUGGUCCGCCUCGCCGAGCGUGCUAACAGUGAGUACUGCAUGGCGGCUGAGCCGGGAGCCUUCUUGGUCAACAUCAUCCCUGCAUUGAGAUAUGUGCCUGAGUGGUUCCCCGGUGCCGGAUGGAAGCAAAAGAUGAAGGCAUGGCGUCAGACUACGGAGAGCCUGAGGGACGAGCCGUUCGAGUAUGUUAAAGAACAAUUGGCGAAAGGUGUAGCCAAGCCGUCCAUCACGGCCAGCCUCAUCGAGGAAAAUCCGAAUCGUACUGAGGAAGAAGACCGGCUAUUCAGGUACAUGUCAAGCUCAAUCUAUUCCGCUGGUGCAGACACGACCGUUUCCGCAGUGGAGGCCUUCUUCCUCGCCAUGGUACUGUAUCCGGAGGUCCAGCGCAAAGUACACAAUGAGCUCGAUACAAUACUCGGACCCGGUCAUCUGGCGGACUGGGAGGAUCUCGAGCGAUUGACGUACGUGCAGGCUGUGAUUUUCGAGAUCUACCGAUGGAACCCCGUAGCUCCGAUUGGAUUGCCGCACCGAGUGGUACAAGACGAUGUCUAUGAGGGGUAUCACAUUCCCGCGGGGGCCACGAUUUUGGUCAACAAUUGGGGCAUCUUGCACAAUCCCGCACUGUAUCCUGAUCCGUUCGAGUUCAAGCCGGAGCGAUACUUGCAAAGCAAGGACACGGGGCUGAACCCGGAUCCUCGUCAGUUCGCCUUCGGGUACGGCCGGCGCGUGUGUCCAGGCAGGGGUCUUGCGGAGGACUCGAUUUUCAUAGCCGUUGCAUCCGUUCUCGCGCUGUUCGAGAUAUCCAAAGCUCUGAAUGCCGACGGCACUCCUAUCGAACCUGACCCAACAUUUGAUGGGUUCAUUGGCCAUCCGCAACCAUUCCGUGCUCGUGUGACACCUCGGUUCCCCAACGUCGAGCGAAUGAUCCCUGCACUAUGAUUUGGAUUCCGCAAUGGUCAGGAAAGAGUGUUUGGAUAUUUGCUCGGUAUUUGCUACAGCACCCAUUGUUAUUCCAAGGAGAUGUUCUUGUGAUGGUAAUAUAUUCCAGUAUGCUGCCUAGUCCGUCGAAAUCGAUUCUACGUCAUUUGGAUGCUCCGUUGCACGCAUGUGCACCGUCUUCCGGCAACCCAACAUCCUUCCGGAGACCUGCAGAAAGUCGGUUAUUUGCCACGCAUGCUUGGCAAUG